CGGAAGAGAAAGGAGUUGCAGAGCUUGAAAAGACUAGAGGCAAAGAGGAAGCGGGAGGAAAAGAAAAACAUUUCAAGGCCUGCUGUUGAUGCUGAUCUGUGCGUGGGUGUUCCGCCCAGACCCAGCGGCUGCCGGCCUCUGGUUUCGCCGACUACGCUGACUGGGAUGCGUCGAAGCAGCUUGAACUUUGAUUCUUGGGGAUCGCGAGUGCCUGAAAUCCCAGCUUUGAACAACAACAACAACAGCUCGGUAGUUUCAAGCUCGCCAUCAACACCUGACACCAUUCAGAGAGCAGCAAGAACACCACCUCCAGCUUCAGCCUUGAGAACUCUCAGAUCUUUGGGAGAAAACGAUGAAGCCAUGAAGAGGAUGAUGAAUCAUGUCUCGAAAGAUAUGAAAUCCAACAUCAUGGAAGAAAUGCCUUGUGUUUCAACAAGAGGAGAUGGUCCCAGUGGUAAAAAGAUUGAAGGUUUCCUCUACAGAUACAAGAAGGGAGAAGAUGUGAGCAUUGUCUGUGUUUGUCAUGGCAGCUUCCUUACUCCAGCAGAGUUCAUUAAGCAUGCAGGAGGUGGAGAUGUUGACCAUCCUCUCAGACAUAUUGUGGUCAACCCUUCUACCUCACAACCUCCUUAUUACUAAUGGCUGUCUGGACUGAUAACAUUCGUAAUUCAAGGUGAAGAACGUCGGCUGGACUUAUUUCCUCGAGCUAAAAUGGUGUAUUCGAGUCGCCUCAAGAAUGGGUAUGUUUGUGUUUUCGGAAAUGCGGAUCUGGUUUGUCUUCAAAUUGGCAUAUCAUUUGAUCUUCUGCUGAGUCAAAAAGCUACAUAUAGCAGAAGCAUGACAAGAGCAGCAGCAUCUCUACUUCCAUGUAAGGAGUAUUGUUUACUUGAGUUUCUUUCUUUCAAUGUCUGCCAUGAGAUUGCUUCUUUAUUUUUAAUAUAAUUUUAUAAUGUAAAAUCCAAUGAAGAGAAGGAAUUUAUGAAGUUACAUUUUAAAUCUA